AGAGAGAACUGGGUAUCUGUGUGAAAGGAAGAACUUAUUGCAGCAGAAAGCAAGGACUCUGAGAGGGUCGAAGUAUAUGGUGUGCGUGACACCACAACGAUACGACGACGGUGUCGUAGAAGAGGGGAUGUCUUGCGUUCCACGAAUAUACUAAACUCUACUUUCCUAUACCAGAAGACAACACAGUCGGGACGUAGUCCUGUGAUUACGCGGCGCAUCCUCGGAUCCUUCGGUAUUGGCUUGUAUUCGCUACUCCUAAUCCUGCGCUAUCGAGAAACAUGACAGAUUGGAAAACCAUUUUUGUAACGGGAGGAGCCGGUUACAUUGGCAGCCACUGCAUCGUCGAACUCUUGGAGAGCGGAUACGAUGUCGUAGCCAUAGAUAAUUUUGCUAACAGCGUAAUCGAGGGUAGCGGCGAAUCUGCGGCUCUUAAAAGAGUCGAGCAAAUAACAGGGAAGAAAGUUCCUUUCUAUAAUUGCGAUCUCGUCGAUCGUGAUAAACUCGAAGCUGUGUUUAAUAAGCACAAAAUAGAUUGCGUGAUUCAUUUCGCCGCGAUAAAGGCCGUCGGUGAAUCGAUGCAGGUCCCUCUUCAUUAUUACAGAAAUAAUAUUAUCGGUGCUAUCAAUUUACUAGAGGUAAUGAAAGCUGCUGGAUGUUUCCAACUAGUUUUUAGCAGUUCUUGUACAGUUUACGGGGAACCGAACGAACUUCCGAUCACAGAGAACCACCCGACGGGCAAUAUCACGAACGUGUACGGUAGAACCAAGUACUUCAUCGAGGAAAUGCUUAAAGAUAUAUCCAGAGCCGAAAAGAAUUGGAACAUCAUUUCUUUAAGAUAUUUCAAUCCAGUAGGUGCUCAUUCUAGCGGCUUAAUCGGAGAAGAUCCCACGAAGCCUUUUACGAAUUUAAUGCCUUAUAUAGCACAAGUAGCCUUAAGGCAUAAACCUGAACUCGUUAUUUACGGAGGCGAUUAUCCUACGAAAGACGGUACAGGUGUACGCGAUUAUAUUCACGUUAUGGAUUUGGCGGCUGGUCACGUGGCAGCGUUAAAUGCCUUGCACAAGCGACAUUUGAGGCUAAAAAUUUAUAAUUUAGGUACUGGAAAGGGCGUAUCUGUACUCGAAUUGAUCAAAACUUUCGAGACUAUAACGGGAACGACGGUACCGUACGUUAUCAAAGAUAGACGAGAGGGUGACAUAGUGUCGAUGUACGCUAACACGGAUUUAGCGGAAAAAGAGUUAGGAUGGAAGACCAAACAUAACGUUGAACAAAUGUGCGAAGAUUUUUGGAGGUGGCAAACAAUGAACCCGCAUGGUUAUCGUGCUGUCAUAAAAAAUGGUGUUAGCGACCACGUAAAUGGGACUUCAUAAUGAUAUUAUUUAACUGCCAUUGAGGCAUGACUAGUUUAUAAGAAUAAUAAAAAAAAAAAAAAUACAGUAUUUCUGAAACAAUUGUUA